GAAGGGUUUAAGGGGAGAGGGGGCAUGGUGGAAGGAUGGAGAAAGAAUAAGAGCCUGGAAAAGAAAAGAUGGCCACCACACAAAUUGGGAAGCCUACAGUAGGCUAAUUCAAAUGGAGAGCCCCAAAGAACCUAAGACACCCCUAGUUCUCCAUCCUCAAGAAACCAGGUACAGACAAGCCCAUCCAGCAUGUCAAGUCUCCCAGUCAUUAUCAAUUACAGGCAGAUCUGAUGAACUAGACCAAGGCACAAACCAUGAAUUACGUUGGGCAGUUAGCAGGCCAAGUCUUUGUGACUGUGAAGGAGCUCUAUAAAGGAUUAAAUCCUGCCACGUUGUCUGGGUGCAUAGAUGUCAUCGUUGUCCGCCAGCCUGAUGGGAACCUCCACUGUUCGCCUUUCCACGUGCGCUUCGGAAAGAUGGGAGUUCUGCGUUCGAAGGAAAAAGUGGUUGACAUAGAAAUCAAUGGAGAAUCUGUGGAUUUGCAUAUGAAACUAGGGGACAACGGAGAAGCAUUUUUUGUAGAGGAAACUGGUGAUGACCAGGAAGCAAUUCCGUACCACUUGGCUACAUCUCCCAUUCUUACGGAGGGAACAGCUCUCAUGGAGUUACAGCUGAAGAGAAACUCUGUGGACAGGUUAAGAAACAUGGACACUGGAAGCAGUUCACAGCUGCCAACCUUGGUUUCUUCAUCCGCUGUUGAGCCCACUUCUUCUAGUUGUUCUGUGAAGAAAAGGAGGAAACGUAGAAGGAGAUCUGCCCACAAAAUAGACACUUCAAAAAGAGAUGAAAAUGACGAUACCACCGAAGAUGAAAACAUGUUCCCUAUAGAAAUCAGUUCCGAUGAAGAAAAUGAGCUUUUAGACAAUACAAGAACAUCUGCCUCUGAUCUGUGUAGAGACGAAGUGCUUGAGAUAAAUACGUCUUCAAUCAGUGUGCUCCCUCACCACCAUUCGGAUGGAGAAUGGUCCCCUUCACCAAGUAAGCCCAGAACUUGCCCAGGGAAGUCCUCUCAUCUUACUGUUCCAGCAGAUGGAGGCUUAUCUAGUUCUUGCCCUCAGCAGUCUUCUCACUAUCCUGCUACAGACAGUCCUUCAGGUUCACGGCCCCCAACGCCUAAAAGUGAUUCCGAGUUAGUCAAUAAAUCUUUGGAAAGGGGCAUCCAGAAGAAUAAUCCACAAAUGCAUUGGGACUGGGGUGAACUACCUCAAGCCACAAAGUCUGCUAUUCCGCUCAGGCUAAAAGAAUCCAGCUCUGCAUUGAACGUGAAUCCUUCUGAAAGCACUCACUUUCGAGUCAUUCCAAACAACGUUCUGGAGGAUCUUCAGAGUAGUACCCCCUUACCCAUCCUCGAACAGGCGGAUGCUGCGCUGACUCUGGAAGAACCUGAGCUUCAAGAAGGAACACCUGAGAUAAAUGAGCCAAAUGAAGAAAUGUUAGGGGCAGCUUCACUUCCACUCCCUGCAAAUGAAGAAGUCAAGCAGGCUAUGGCUUGCUUGGCACAGCCAACAAGCAGCAAAACCGAUUCUCCCUCCAGGAAAAAAGAUAAGCGCAGCCGACAUCUUGGUGCUGACGGUGUUUAUUUAGAUGACAUCACAGAUAUGGAGCCAGAGGUUGCCGCACUCUAUUUUCCUAAAAAUGACGAACAUGCCGCCCAGUCGAAGGUUGCGAGUGAAAACGCACCCCGCUCAGCGAACCAGUCCCCUCAGACAGUCGGAAGCUCAGGUAUCGAUAGCGGCAUCGAGAGCACCUCGGAUGGAAUAAGGGACCUGCCGUCCAUUGCUAUCUCACUUUGCGGGGGACUUAGUGAGAACAAAGAAAUAUCUAAAGAAAAGUUCUUAGAACAAGAAGUAAGUUAUCAGCAGUUUGUGGACAAUCCUGCUAUUAUCGACGACCCUAACCUUGUGGUGAAGAUUGGAAGCAAGUACUACAACUGGACUACAGCAGCUCCUCUUCUGCUGGCGAUGCAAGCGUUCCAGAAACCUUUGCCAAAGGCCACUGUGGAUUCUAUAAUGAGGGAUAAGAUGCCCAAAAAAGGUGGAAGAUGGUGGUUUUCAUGGCGAGGGAGGAAUAGCUCUAUCAAAGAGGAAACGAAGCCCAUGCCAGGUCUGAAUGGAAAAGAAGAGUCGAACAUUCAAGACAGAAUCAAAGAUGAGUCUUCUUCAAGUGAUGAAGACCCUAGAGCUUCAAGCCAGCCCUUUGCAUCAUCAGCAAACCCUGGUCAUCUUCCUUUAUUGUCUGGAGUGGGUUACAAAAAGACCCUUCGACUCAGUUCAGAACAGCUUAAAAGCCUGAACCUUAAGAAUGGCCCCAACGAUGUGAUUUUCAGUGUUACAACACAGUACCAAGGGACAUGCCGCUGUGAAGGCACCAUCUACUUGUGGAACUGGGAUGACAAGGUCAUUAUUUCUGACAUUGAUGGCACAAUUACGAGGUCAGAUACUUUAGGUCAUAUUUUGCCCACUCUUGGCAAAGAUUGGACACAUCAAGGGAUCGCCAAAUUGUACCAUAAAGUGAGCCAAAAUGGGUAUAAGUUCCUAUACUGUUCUGCACGCGCGAUAGGAAUGGCAGAUAUGACCCGAGGAUACUUGCACUGGGUUAAUGAACGAGGAACGGUGCUGCCUCAAGGUCCUGUAUUACUGAGUCCCAGCAGCUUGUUCUCAGCUUUCCACAGGGAAGUAAUAGAGAAGAAGCCAGAGAAGUUUAAAGUUCAGUGCCUAACGGACAUCAAAAACUUGUUUCAUCCCAACACAGAACCGUUUUACGCUGCUUUUGGCAAUAGGCCUGCUGAUGUGUAUUCAUACAAGCAAGUGGGAGUUUCACUAAACAGAAUAUUCACUGUUAAUCCUAAAGGAGAGCUAAUUCAAGAGCAUGCAAAGACCAACAUCUCAUCGUACGUGAGGCUCUGCGAAGUGGUAGAUCACGUCUUCCCCCUGUUGAAAAGAAGCCAUUCUUCAGACUUCCCCUGUUCUGACACCUACAGUCAGUUCACAUAUUGGAGGGAUCCGCUGCCACCUUUUGAAAACCAGGAGAUGCAUCCUCAUGUGCCAUAAUCAGCUUCUGAACCUUCUCGGCAGCAGUUCGAACGCUCUUUGGUGAUGCACCUGGAUUUUGCCAUUUGCAGUUCACCUGGAGUUUGGGAUGUAGUGAACAUUUUGUUUAAAUGUGCAGUUCAGAAAUUUCUUUUUUCUUUUUUGUCCUGUAAAGUUAACAUUUCUGAAUGUCACGCUCCCAGAUCUCCUGCAGCAGCAGGCUCAAGAUACAUGCCAUAUAGUCUUAUUACAGAAGGGCAUUUCUGAGUGCCUUGAUGAUGGGAUUUCUAGAAAGCAAUGGGUCUUCAUUUUCCCCAUGACUGCUUUUUUUGUGGGAUGUGGUUCCAGUCUGAGGCAUCACUCGGGGUCUUCCGGCCCCUAGUUUUCGGGUAGAGAAGGAAGACAGAACUCGAAACCUCUGAGCGGAAAUGCCUGCUUUUACUAGAAUCGCCACCCUUUGAUCCACAAAGUAUGAUACGAUUUAUUGAACUAAAGUCAAUUGGUCUACACACUCUACAGCUAGUCUGUAUAGCACACAGCCACCAUCACUAUUGCUGUACUAGCUUGAACUGGCUGAGUGUGUGGCUCCCAGUUCUAUAAUGCCAAUGUGGAGUGGCCAAACUGGAUUUUAAACUUGAGGGUUGUUGCUUUUUGUUUUU